AUGGUUAAGAGCAGCCCUCGUUUGCACAAUUAUUUCGAUCCAUAAUAAAUUAGAGCCUUAAUAGUAACAUAAGAUAGUUUUUCUCCUGGUUUAAAUGUAGUUAUAAGAGAAAUAGUUUAACAUUUAAAUUAUAAUUAUAAAGUUAAUUAAAUAUAUGGGGCUAAAUAUCGAUUUAAAGGCAUUUAUAAGGAAGAAUAUAUAAAAUUAUCACCUGAAGUAAUUAAUUUUGUUCAUCAUAAAGGAGGGACAUUUUUGGGUACAUCCAGAACAGGAUUUAAUAAAGACAAAAUAAUUGAAGGAUUAAUUAAUUGUAUGUCAUUUGCUAUAGAAGUACAUUUAUUUAUCGUAAAAUAAAAAAUUAUUUUUAAAUAAAGGAAGUUUGUUUACCGCAUAUAUUAGAAUUAUAUUAUGAAGUUAGAAAAAGAAAACUAAAUAUUGCAAUUUGUAAUAUUCCAAGAAUUGUAGAUAAUGAUAUUCCUUUUUCAGAUGAAUCUUUUGGCUAUAAUAGUGCAAUUAAAAAUUUUUGAAAGUGCUUAAAAUAUGUUAACUAAUAUGUUAAAAAAAAGGACUCUGAUAUACAGUUUUUUUUGA